AUGGAUCCCAAGCAUCAGUUACGCAUUGCUCAGUUUAAUGCAAACUCCCUUCGAGGCCAUAUUGAGUUUAUUCGAUUGCAUUUCAGCAGUAACUUUUAUCAUCUUAUCUCAGUCUCUGAAACUUGGCUCAACGUGAGCAUUUCUGACGAUCUUGUUGCCAUCGAUGGUUACUUCCUUAUUCGCAAUGAUCGUAUUGGCCGAAUGGGUGGCGGCGUUGCUUGCUAUGUCCAUAAAUCGCUUGGAGCUUCCAUUGUUGCCAUGUCUGACAGCGGUCAUGUAAACGAUCCGGAGUAUCUAAUUAUUGAUAUUCGCUUGCUGCACAAUGAUUCCGUCUUGUUCGCAUCCAUUUACAGGAGACCCAAAGGCUGCUUCCUUCAUGACUUUGUUACAUCGCUUACUAGCUUCUCUCAUCUGUAUAAAAAUAUUAUUAUUGGUGGCAACCUCAAUUGUAACCUGCUGACCAACCAAGUAGAAGCAUCUUAUCUACGCGAUCUUAUGUAUAGCCUGUCUCUUCAUAUUGUUCACUCUGAUGCCACUUUUCACACGGCCACUUCCGACUCGUGGCUUGAUGUCUUGAUUGUUAAUGACCGAGAUAAAAUAUCAUCUUUUUCUAAAUCAUUAUGUCCUUUCAUUGCGGGCCACGACCUUCUUUCUCUCUCGUUCUCUAUUAAGACUUUUAUCAGCACCGAGCGCUCCAUUCUGCGGCGCUGUUAUAGACGCAUUGACAAUUCUGAGUUCCUCGAGCUCCUUAAUGUUAAUGUCGAGAAAGUUUCUGCCACAUGUAAUAUUUUGUCUGACGGUGCCAUUGUUAACGAAUCGUGCGAAACGCUUUCUAACGUACUUUGUAAUGCGCUCGAUGUAUGUGCACCCGCCCGCGCUUUUGUGAUCAGGAGGCCACCGGCACGAUGGCUGACUGAUGACUUGAAGUGUCGUCUUCGUGCUCGCAACAGUAUGUAUAAGCAAGCUAAGAGUUCAAGCAGUCUGCUUGGUUACUUGAGAUACAGACAUUUUAGAAAUCAGCUAAACUCCGACAUUAAACAUGCAAAGAGUGAAUUCCUUGCCGACUCUCUCGAUAAUAUUGAUGAUCCGGCUAAGUUGUGGAGAGAGCUUGCCCGUCUUGGUCUUGUAAAGUCCACUUUGGCUUCCCCUCUUCAUUUCUUUACCUUAUCCCAGUUAAAUUCGUACUAUGUCUCAGUCUCUUUCGAUCUUCCAUUGAGUCAUUCUGACCUCAGCUCAGCCAUUUCAUCCUUUACCUGUCCACCUAUACGCCCAGAGUUUUCGUUUUCUCCUAUCACUUCUAGUAUGAUUUACAAGCUCAUUGUUGCCAGCCCCCUUCACUCUUACGCUUCUGGUGUCGACGGCAUUCCUCCUUUUAUACUACGCAUUGCUUGGCCGUGCAUUUCGUCCUGGCUUACUGAGCUUUUCAACAAUUCAUUGAAAUUCUCUUCUUUUCCAACUGCUUGGAAGCGCGCUCUUAUUCGUCCGCUUUCUAAAAUCAGCAAACCGACGUCCCCAUCUGACACUCGACCGAUAGCCAAUCUGCCAGCGAUGUCCAAACUCCUUGAAAGAAUUGUAGCUGAUCAAAUGGUAGAUUAUUUAAACGAACAUAAUCUUUUUGAUCCAAGGCAAUCGGCAUACCGCUCUAGCUAUAAUACACAGUCUGCUUUAUUGCGUGUUUGCAAUGAUAUCAAGGAGGGAAUAGACGCUGGACUUGUUACCAUCAUGGUACUUUUUGAUUUCAGUAAGGCAUUUGACACCGUUCCGCAUCUUCUACUUCUCACCAAGCUUAAAAAAUAUGGUUUUUCUGAUGCGGUGAUCAUGUGA